UCAGACACUAAACAAGCACAACCAGACGAAGAAGAAGAGCACGAGACCUCCACUGACUCACAGGACACGGAGGGGCAGUCAGAUGAAGGUGAGAAAAAAAUUGUUGAAGAUAAAAGUAAAACAAAUGCAGGAGACCAUGAAGAAACAGACACACAACAGCAUCUGAAUUCAGCAAACUCUGAGCAACCUCAUAGCCCAAGAACCAAACCAGACCACAGCAACACUGAUGCUGGUCCAGUGUCCUCAGACACUAAACAAGCACAACCAGACGAAGAAGAAGAGCACGAGACCUCCACUGACUCACAGGACACGGAGGGGCAGUCAGAUGAAGGUGAGAAAAAAAUUGUUGAAGAUAAAAGUAAAACAAAUGCAGGAGACCAUGAAGAAACAGACACACAACAGCAUCUGAAUUCAGCAAACUCUGAGCAACCUCAUAGCCCAAGAACCAAACCAGACCACAGCAACACUGAUGCUGGUCCAGUGUCCUCAGACACUAAACAAGCACAACCAGACGAAGAAGAAGAGCACGAGACCUCCACUGACUCACAGGACACGGAGGGGCAGUCAGAUGAAGGCGAGAAAAAAAUUGUUGAAGAUAAAAGUAAAACAAAUGCAGGAGACCAUGAAGAAACAGACACACAACAGCAUCUGAAUUCAGCAAACUCUGAGCAACCUCAUAGCCCAAGAACCAAACUAGACCACAGCAACACUGAUGCUGGUCCAGUGUCCUCAGACACUAAACAAGCACAACCAGACGAAGAAGAAGAGCACGAGACCUCCACUGACUCACAGGACACGGAGGGGCAGUCAGAUGAAGGCGAGAAAAAAAUUGUUGAAGAUAAAAGUAAAACAAAUGCAGGAGACCAUGAAGAAACAGACACACAACAGCAUCUGAAUUCAGCAAACUCUGAGCAACCUCAUAGCCCAAGAACCAAACUAGACCACAGCAACACUGAUGCUGGUCCAGUGUCCUCAGACACUAAACAAGCACAACCAGACGAAGAAGAAGAGCACGAGACCUCCACUGACUCACAGGACACGGAGGGGCAGUCAGAUGAAGGCGAGGACAAAACUGUUGAAGAUCGAAAUGAGGCCUAGUGUGGCUCUCAGGGAGAAAGGCAAUGACAGAUGCAGUGAGGAUAAAGCAGGACAAAAGGAACAUGAAGGUGUGUCGUUGGCUUUUAUGCAACUUGGAGAACAUGGUGAGAUUUACGAAGGAAGCAGAUGGUGAAAGUGAAGCUUUAAAUAAAACAGGGCAAGAAUAAGUCAACUCAACACAAAUGCUGUCAUUGAAACCAGCAAAACAAGAAUUUAAACUAGAAGGCUGAAAACACACACAGAGCAGAGAUCACAUCUUUACACGAAGCCACAGAGAGUCUCAGCUCAGAGUGAGAUGAACCUGAAAGGAAGCGACGAGGACCAGAAACUCCAACAAGAAAAGGAUUGUUUUCCCUUAAGAUUUUUAAAUCAUAUUCAUGGUAUAUGCCUGAAUAAUAGCUCAAAUGUUUUUUUUAUGUUUUUAUACUGAACUAAGCAAUAACAAAUAUGAAUGUAUGUCUAACUUAUCAAAUUAAAAGCAUUAGUCUGUCAUUUUGUGAUCUUAUCAAAAGGAAGGCUUUUUUAAAUUUAUAUUUCAGUUCUCCAAUAUUACAAACAGGACCUUCACAUUGGGACAGGAAGAACUAGAUCUAUUGUAAGCCGAGUUUUCCUCCAGUGAACUUUUUUA